AUGUAUGGAUCAAAGGAAUUAUUUGCUGAUGAGAAUGAUGAGGCUUUAAAAUCAAGACAAAUCCAAUACGAUGAUGUUGCAAUAGAUAGAUUGCUUAACCAUGAUUACAUUGAAGAAGAAAAUGCUGCAAUGGAUGAUGUAGAAGAAGAUGCCUUUUUAAAAGCAUUUAAGGUGGCAAAUUUUGAGUACAUUGAUGAGGCGUCAAAAGAGAAAGAGGAAAUACAAGAACCAAAAAGAUCAAAUUAUUGGGAGGAGUUGUUAAAAGACAGAUAUGAAGUUCACAAAUUGAAGAGUUUAAUUCUAUGGAAAAGGAAUUGUCUAAUUGUGAAAAAGCCUUACAGGAAAAAACAUUUGUUGACAAUGCUAAGUGCUUCCUCUUAUACAAGGAUUCAGGAAGCAAUCCAAGAACAUAUAUUUAGAACAAAACAUGGUGCCUCCAUCCUCCCACAAGACAAGGUAGUUAUUGUUGGAACAGAUGCAAUCAAGAACUUUGAUUUCUCUCAAUAA